UUCAAAGGAGUCGUUUUCUUCGGUCACCCUUUUCAACCAUUUUUCAUGACGGUCUAUUCCAUCCUUCUUCUCAAAACAGAAUAUCUCUCUAAUCCAAUUCUUCAUCUUUGGUUCUCACCUCCAGCAGAAAAGGAUGUUUGGCUUUGUGACGUUUAUUGAUCCACAAACUGUUAAAACCAUUUUAGACAAAGGGAAUUCCCAUUAUGUUAGUGAGUCUCGGGUGCUUGUUAAACCUUACCGGGAGAAGUCAAAGAUUAUUGAAAGGAAGUAUGCUGAUAGAAUUCAGCACUCUGUGUUACUCACCUCACCACAUAGACAUAGAUUUUGAAAUGAACUCAAUUCCAAGAAGUUGUGGGGAUGUUAGAUCUCUUAGGAGACAACUGAUGGAAGAGCAGGAGCAAGCGCUAGAACUAAUAGAAAUGCAAAGGAGACGCGUUGCAGUUUGCCCAAAAUUCUCUGUCUAUUUCACUCCAUUUUUGCUUCUCCACAAAUGGAAUGAGAACUUCAGAAGAUCAUUUCAAUUUCAACUUUCAUCUUCAAGAAUCUUUCAAAAACACACACAGAAAGAAAUAUAGAGUUUAAAUAGCUCAAGGCUAAAGGCAUCAACUUUCUUUUAAUACACUAUACAGCACCAAGUAGCUUUGAAAUUUAGUCAAAGUCUCUGGCUUUUAAGGUGAAGAUAGUAGCAGGAGGAUUAUAAAUUAUUAGCAGGACUAUAUAUUAUAUUAUGCAUGGUUUUCAACCAUAUUGUAUCCUUGUCUAGACUCUGGCCAACUAGACGCUGCCCAUGAUGCAGUUCAACAACUUUGGCAUUUAACGAGAAUAAGGGAUUAGGGUUUAUUCUCUUUAGGACUAAUUUGACAAAAAUUUCUAAAUAUAUCUUGUCAUCAGCUAUUCUGCACCAACCUGUCAUGCUGAUAUGACACACUAAUGGCUACACAAGAAGAUUUAACGUUGUUACUGACGGAAUGAA